AUGGGAAACGAGUCGGACGAUGACAACAAAGCGGCACAGCCCUUGGAGCCAGUGUGGCCUUUGGACCCGGCCUUGGAGCCGGCCUUGGAGCCGGCCUUGGAGCCGGCCUUGGAGCCGGCGCGGCGACCCUUGAAGCCGGCGCGGCCCUUGGAGCCUUCUUAUCCUGCCAGUCACGCGGCGGUGGCAGCGAGGAGCAGCAGGACGUUUGGCGCCGCACCCGCCACCGCACCAGCAGCAGCCGUCCGUCCCAGGUCGCUCCAGGUGAAUGUGAGCGGGCAGCCCAGGCGGAGCGGCGUCAGACUGCCGCCUUCCAUUGUCAGCUGCAAAGCCUGCAGCGUCCCCAACCAUCACUUCCGCCGCGUGGAGGAGCCGGUGCGGCGCAGGUGUCGCGCCGUUUCGCUGGCCGACCCCAAAGUCAUCAGCAGAGGCUUUGAGCUGCGGCCGUCCAGAGUUGACUUUGGCCCGCUGAGGGACGGCGCGUCCUCCGUGGUCACGGUGGUCAUGAAGAACGUGGGCGUCGACACCUGCAGGUUCCACGUCAAGCAGCCUCCGGUCUCCACGGGCCUCCGCGUCAAGUACCAGCCGGGACCCGUGCCGGCGGGUUUGCAAGUUGAACUGGACGUCGAGCUGUACGCCAUGUGCGAGGAGGCGCUCCAGCUGGACGGGAAUCCCACCAAGUACAUCUCCCAGGACAUCAUCAUCCCCACAGAGACCGACAUCUUCUACCUACCCGUCACGGCCAAUAUCCUUCAAAGGCAGGCGUCGCCGCGGUCUGGACCGAGGCAGCCUUGCGGAGAGAUCCUUGACGCACGUGGCGUAGCCGUUCUUCCUGAGGCCUUCUACGACAUCUGGUUGAGAGAGCGCUCCGGUUGCGACAGCGGGAUCCGCGCCGGGAGGCCCAGACAGGCCCGCAGCCUCCCGGCGUGCCAGCGCCUGGGCCAGAACCCGCCGCAACGCGGCUCUCUUGAGCGCCGCCGCCGCCGCUGCUGCCUUCUCAGGGCACCAUAAACGCACAGCUAGUCUUUGAAGAGCACGCCAACGCAGGCAGCAAGCCGAACGUCACCCAAGCGUGCACGCACAAUAAAGCAGCGGUCGUAGCUUCCAUUCCAUUC